GUCCCCGUCCCGGGGCGCCAUGCCCCUGGGGCACAUGAUGCGGCUGGACCUGGAGCGCAUCGCGCUGGAGUACGUGGUGCCCUGCUUGCACGACAUCGGCUUCUGCUACCUGGACAACUUCCUCGGCGAGGUGCUGGGCGACCGCGUGCUCGAGCGCGUCCAGCAGAUGCACCGCGACGGCGAGCUCGCCGACGGGCAGCUGGCCGGCCCGAGCCGCGGCGUCGCCAAGCGGCACCUCCGCGGCGACCAGAUCAAGUGGAUCGGGGGCACGGAGGAGGGCUGCGAGGCCAUCAGCUUCUUGCUCACGCUCAUAGACCGCCUCGUCAUGUACUGCGGCAGCCGGCUCGGCAAGUACUACGUGAAGGAGCGCUCCAAGGCCAUGGUCGCUUGUUAUCCUGGAAAUGGAACUGGGUAUGUUCGUCAUGUGGACAAUCCGAAUGGUGACGGGCGCUGCAUCACCUGUAUUUAUUACCUGAAUAAGAACUGGGACUCCAAGCUGCAUGGUGGAAUUCUUCGGAUAUUCCCRGAAGGCAAGUCUUAUGUAGCAGACGUUGAGCCAAUUUUUGACAGAUUACUCUUUUUUUGGUCAGACCGAAGGAACCCACACGAAGUCCAGCCUUCUUAUGCAACGAGAUACGCCAUGACUGUGUGGUAUUUUGAUGCUGAAGAAAGAGCUGAAGCCAAAAAAAAGUUCAGGAACUUGACUGAUGCACGGAAGAGAGAAGCAGCUCUUAACGAAGACUAAUCAACUGUUUCUGAACUCUUUAUGCACAAUAAGAUCCCAAAGAUGACUUCCAUUUCCAGUGAACCAUGGCACGUUCUUGUCAAGCACAAGAGUACACUGGUUGUUAUCUGUCUAGCAUGUGCAUUUUACGUUGAUGGUACUUACGACAGCCUCCUGUCAUGUCUGCAUAUGGCAGAAGGAACUCUUGUUUUCUCUUUGCCUUUUGCUGGAAAAAAAUACCCAGGAUUUUAAUUAAAAAAAAAAAAAAAAAAAGAGAGAAAAAAAGAAAGAAAGAGAAUUUCUAAGCCUAGUGGUAGUGGCUCAGCCAACUGGCUCUUUAUCACUCUAGUCUAGUAACCAAGAUAACAAUCGUUGGGACUAGUUGGGAAAAAUGAGUCUUAUUUGCACUUUAUGGUGGGGGGUGGAAUCUAGUUCAGUGGGAAGGAGCUUUACAAGUUUAAAAUCUGGCAGACUGCUGGUGGGCAAGGAGAGAUAUUGGAAAAGCUGGGUUUUUGUAGAGAGUAUUCUUCUGUUAUGCCCCCCACGGACCCAGUGACAGACUGCUCAUCACUUUGCUGCGCAUAACAUUGGCCUCACUCUCCUACAGUACGACUUUCCAAACAGAGUUGUGUCUAGAUAGUCAUCACAUCUACUGGAUUUUGUUCACUCUUCGAGUCAAGUCAUAGCUGUGCAGGUGCACUGCCCUUUCAGUUCCAAGACAGAGUGGAAGUAGCUAUGCAUCUGUUCACAAUUUUGUAAAAACAUUUCCUUUCUGUUCUGAGCUGGAUUGAUUGUAUGUUUUAUAUUUGCAGUUUGUUUAGUACAGCAACUGGUUUCUCCCAAAAGUUUGGUAAAUAUGGAAGAAUGAUGGCACUCAAUGCAUUGGUCCUGAAGGUUGAUYGUAUGUGGAAUUAAAUGAUAUUUUAGUAGCUUCUCUAUCUACUCUAUUUUGUAUAACAAAUGUGAAUUUGAGAGGAAGAAAUACCUCUGGCAGCCUGACAAAUGAAUACUAAACAGUGAUUGACUUAGACUUGAUUUCUGUGCUGCUUGUCCUAAGUUUACACUCUGUAACUUUAUUUGCAUGUGUGUAAUUUGGAUGAAACAGUGAUUCUGUUUCGAUUGGUCUGUUACACGAGGUAACUACUUCUGUUGUGUUGGAGCAAUGAGAUGGACAAAGGAUUAGGGUUAUUCAAAUCACAAUUUUUUGUGACACAAAUGACAGAAAAACAUGUAUUUGAAUAAUUUUUUUCUUUAACUUAUUAGACAUGUUGAGUAACUUGUGAGUUAUCUCCAGUCUGCCUGAACUUCUCCAGCCAGCACUUACUACGCAAGUCAGAAUAGCUCUUAACGAAGCUGAGAGCUAGCAGUGGAUGGAUUUAUCACUCACACUCAUUAGUCUCAACUGAUCCUCUGUGUGUGUGUUCAUGCUGGAGUGUUAGUGUGACAACCCCAUGUUGUCAGUGUAUGCCAUACYCUGCCACCCAUUUCGGAUAUACCCUCUCUAGUAAAGAGACCUAUAUUUUUUUUUGCCAUCUGCCCACACUGGCCGUGUUGUAUGAUCUGCUGGAGCUGCUGGUCCCUGAAGCAGUUCAUGACGUGGUGUGGGAUUGUCAUGCUAGUAAUGGACCUGAGGGCAAGUGACAUGUCAUGCUAGUAAUGGACCUGAGGGCAAGUGACAUGUCAUGCUAGUAAUGGACCUGAGGGCAACUGCUAUUGCAUUUGAGCCAGGGCCAUGAAAAGGCAAUGUGCAAUGGCAAACUGUUAAACCUGAGCAGCAGAUGGGUGAAAGCUAUGUGAGGCGGAAAAGAAAUAACUUCCCUGACAUAAAAUAUGGCAAGAGAGAUAAAGGAAAUCAUAAGCUUGCCCUCCAAAGUAAGAGGGGCAUCCUGGAGGCUUUUUUUGAAUUCUGAAUGUUAGUAUACCAGUACUCUUGACUUCUCCCAGAGAUCCAGCAAUGGUCAUUUGGAUAAGACUAUAGCCUGACCACUGUGCACCUUAAGAGAGGAAUACGAGGGAAUGUGUGGCAGAUUUAUUCUUAUGACUCUAGACUGGAAGACCAAUAAUCUGGUAAUUGUCCUUUUGUGUUGGAAAGAAAAAUCAUUAUUCURCUAUGGGUAUAGCUAAAUGGCUCAAGCAUAAACUUGAAGGAAACRUAAAAGUAACUUGAAAUUCUCAUUCUUCAAUGUUUGUGUGGAAGGAGAAAAAGUUAUUUACUUGAGAGCAAGCAGUAACCCAGGAAAGGUGGUAGGUUUUGAAUUUUCUAUUAAGGGCAUUUGCAGCCUGAUUAUUUAAAAGGGGAAGAAAGAAUCCCAACCUGUUUUAUUGCUAUGCAAAGUUAGUAAUGACAUGUAUGUUUUAAAAACUCCUACAAGGUUUUGAAAGGGUCAAAGACAGUUAAAGCAACCCAAAUCUUGCUUUGUCUUUGGAUACUGUAAACCUAACAGUGCACUAGAAAGAUAGGUUAGUAUAAAUCUUACUGAGGCCUCAAACAAUGGACAAAUGAUGGGGCAGGAGGGGAAAGGGCUUAUAUAAAAAGUUUGGAAAGAAAGGUACUUUAGUUACCACUAUUGCUGCCAUCUAGCAUUAGAAAUGGUCAGCAACACAUUUGCUGGAUGGAGUGUGGAACAGUAUAGAUUUACUGUAAAUAAAGUAUAUAUAUKUUUUCCUGUUUUAGAGAACUGAAAGGAGAGCUUUUUUUCUUCUUUUGUCUUUGCUAAUUGAACAUCUGAGGCUGAGGGCACAGGCUUUUGAAACCAGUUCCUCUGCCUCCAUUCCAGACCUUUACCCAUUUCCAGAUCACUUUGGAGAUACUGUAGGUUGAUUUAUUUAAUUUUUCCCUCUUUUUUUGUGGGGAGGGAAAUCCACAACUUUAACAUUUUCUGGAUAGAUUUAGCUUGCCUGUCUUUGGGAAGCUGAGAACCACUCUGAAUGACUAAAAGUAUCUUAGGUGUGUGGGCAGCAGCGUGCUGCUGGUCAGGGGGCAUUUCAAGGAGCUUCCUUCCAGCUGUGGGUUUUGUGUCUUCAUAGCGAGCGUUUGAAACAUCUAUGGCUAAACAGCAUCUGUCAACGAGUUGUGCAAGACUGUUAAACGUGCCUUCAUUCAUGUCUAUGAAGCUGUUAUAUGCCAAAUGUGCAUGUCAUGCAGGUUUUCAUGGCUCCUUACGAAAUAGGUUGCCUUUCCAAAUGCAGUUGCAUGUUGAAUUAGAGAUAAUGCAGAGCCACCGAGCUGCAAUUUCCAAUAUGCUGCAUUUGUUGGGGGUGGGGGGGAGAGGAAAAGAAAGGCAAUAGUGAAAAUCAAGACACUAUUUCUGUUCCUAAACCUGUAACUGCAAAUUUGCUGGCCUUUUGAGCAAAGUAGUUUCUAAUAAAUCUUAUUUUCUGUAGUUUACUUUUGGUUCUGUAAGGAAUGGCCUCUGCAAAGUAGCAUCUGAGAUUAUCAUCUGAUC